AGUUCUCACCUAUCAUCUCCCAUGUCGACCCAGCUCUUCGCCCGCUCGAUAACCGUCGUCGCCCGCCCCGGUGCCCGCGCUGGGUCCAGUGCUCUUCGUGCACGGUUCUCGACGAGGCCAGCGUUGCAGAAUGCCGCUCCUGCCCAAGCCAAGGGGGGCAAGUCACCCAGGGUUCUACAAGAUUUCUCAAUGGAGGGUCGGGUCUGCCUAAUCACCGGUGGUGCUAGAGGUCUCGGAAACGAGUUCUGUCGAGCGUUCAUAGACUCGGGCUGCACGACGAUGGCGAUUCUGGAUCUAAAACAAUCAGAAGCUGAGGACGCCGCCCGCGACCUGGUCGCUACUGCAUGCCUUAACAGCGAUUCCAAGCCCGAGGAUUUCAAGAUAAUUGGUCUCGAAUGUGACGUCUCAUCUGAGCGCUCCGUGAUCAAGGCCUUCAACGAGACCAUGGAUACCUUUGGUCGGUUAGACUCGGUCGUCGCCUCAGCUGGUAUCGUGGAGAACUACUCUGCUUUCGACUACCCCUUUGAUCGGAUAAAGCGGCUGUACGACAUCAACGUUCACGGUGCUUUUUUCACUGCCCGGGAGGCUGCGCGGAACAUGAUUCCGCAGGGCGGAGGAGCCAUCGUCCUCGUCUCGAGUAUGAGUGCCAACAUUGUCAACAUUCCCCAGCCACAAACGCCGUAUAACGCUUCGAAAGCAGCCGUGAAGCAUAUGGCAGCGUCUCUCGGUGUUGAGUGGGCGAAGAAGGGCGUCCGGGUCAACGUGUUGAGUCCCGGUUAUAUGUUGACCAAGUUGACGAAAACCAUCCUCGAACACGAUCGGGAAUUGAAGAAAACUUGGGAAUCCCUUACGCCAAUGGGUCGGAUGGGUGAACCUCACGACUUGGCAGGUGCUGUGGUGUUCCUGGCGAGUGACGCGUCCCGCUUCAUGACAGGUGCGGAGGUGCGCGUCGAUGGUGGCUACUGCAUCAUCUAAACGGGUCGAGUUUGAAUCAUCUUCAAUGUAAAUUUGCAUAAUGGCGCGUCAUAGAAGUAUCCUAUUAUCUCACUAUGGAACUGGGGCUACACGUUUGGGACUACACAAGCGGACAGACACUAAUACCCGGUUGCUGCGGUCUUCUUGAUGUAGUAGAGUACGAUGUUCCUACUACAUACCCGUCCAAUAAUUAUUUGUAGAUUGUCAGUGCUCCACA